AUGGCUCCGGGGCUUCCACUCUCUCAGCAAGACUCCCACCCCUCUGUUCGGGAAAGCCGCCCAGCUGUUUCUGAUUCUUCCGUGCUCGCAGCCCCUCCCGAUGGGGUGGGGGACCGAGGCACCCGGGAUGCCGAGGGAGAGUAAGCUCUGUUGAGCUUUGAGCCCCGGCGCUAAAGGGCGGGGAGUCCGCGUCCGGCCCGCAGGUGUGCCCACUCGUCUUCGGACGUCGAUUGCAGGGCUACAGGCCGGAGGGAGGCAGGGGGACCGGCGGGCGGGCAGGAGCCAAGUCUAAACGCUGUUUGGGGGGUGCCGUGGGUCGGAGGAACCAGGGGCAAUGAGCCCUGGAGCACAGAAGCUCCUGCCUGAAGCCGGCUGCCCAAGGCGCCCCUGUUGGCACCGUUGAAAAGGGAGUAAAGAUUCUCCCCCAAGUUCCCGUGGCAGAGAUUCUACCCAUUUCACAGAAGCGCAGGAACGGAGAGGAGCCGGGGAGAUGAGUGCGUUCUCCGUGUGCUCAGCUCCAGUGUUACCGUAGGUUAGCGGACGGGAGGGGGGGGGGUGUCUGCAGUGCCCCUCGCUCCGCGCUCGGGGCAGUCGCCCACGGAAGUUGGGGUUGCUGCAUGAAGGGCGCUAGGACCCGGUGGCGCGGCGUCGGCAAGGACUGGGCGCUCGGGGCGCAGAGGGGCGCCACUGCGCCCCUCGCAGCCCGCCCAAGCAGGUCGGGGCGCGGGGUGGUGCUGCGCCCGGGCGCCUAGGGGCGGAGGCGGCCGCCACACCUAAGGCGCAGUGGAGCGCCGGGGCUGCGCGGGCGGAGCCGCCCUGAGGGCCGCGCGUGUCCCCGGCCUCGGCCCCGCCCCGUGCCGUCCAAUGAGAGCCCGCGGCCGGAGGGGCUGUCCGCACACUCUGCCAGCAGCCCCACUCCGCGCCGCGGACCCCCUGGCGUUGCACCCCGCGCACAAGCAGCGCACCCCAGUCCCCGUGCUCGGCGAGGCAUCGUCGGCUUCCGGACACCGCUCCCUGUGACCCUCUCCGGUCCCUGCGCCCCGGCUCCUGGAGUCCAGGUGCCCCUAAGUCCCCAGCCGACGGCGAGCCUAUGGCCCCCCAGGGGGGUGAGUAGGAGCAGCCUGAGUGCCCCCAGCCGGUGCCGCUUCCACGCCCCUCCGGGCCGAGCGGCGGGAGUCUCUGGGGAGCUAUGCUGAGGCAGGGUGGUGCGGAGGACGCCGCGCAGCUCUCCCCUUGGCGUGCCCGCGCCCCUCCCUCGGCGCCAGCGCUCAGACCCCCGGCCCCCGACGGCUCCCGGGCGUCGGCCCGUUUAAGUCUUGCCUGUCUGCUGCUGCUGCUUCUGCUGCUGACGCUACCGGCCCGCGUAGACACGUCCUGGUGGUACAUCGGGGCCCUGGGGGCCCGAGUGAUCUGUGACAAUAUCCCUGGUCUGGUGAGUCGGCAGCGGCAGCUGUGCCAGCGUUACCCAGACAUUAUGCGCUCAGUGGGCGAGGGCGCCCGAGAAUGGAUCCGAGAGUGUCAGCACCAGUUCCGCCAUCACCGCUGGAACUGCACCACCCUGGACCGGGACCACACUGUCUUUGGCCGUGUCAUGCUCAGAAGUAGCCGGGAGGCAGCAUUUGUAUACGCCAUCUCCUCAGCAGGGGUGGUCCACGCUAUCACCCGUGCCUGCAGCCAGGGUGAACUGAGUGUGUGCAGCUGCGACCCCUACACCCGUGGUCGACACCAUGACCAGCGAGGGGACUUUGACUGGGGUGGCUGCAGUGACAACAUCCACUAUGGCGUUCGCUUUGCCAAAGCCUUCGUGGAUGCCAAGGAGAAGAGGCUGAAGGAUGCCCGGGCCCUCAUGAACUUACACAACAACCGCUGUGGUCGCACGGCUGUGCGGCGGUUUCUGAAGCUGGAGUGUAAGUGCCAUGGUGUGAGUGGCUCCUGUACUCUGCGCACCUGCUGGCGUGCGCUCUCAGACUUCCGCCGCACAGGUGAUUACCUGCGGCGGCGCUAUGAUGGAGCUGUGCAGGUCACAGCCACCCAGGAUGGCGCCAACUUCACAGCAGCCCGCCAAGGCUAUCGCCGUGCCACCCGGACCGACCUCGUCUACUUUGACAACUCCCCAGACUACUGUGUCUUGGACAAGGCUGCAGGUUCCCUGGGCACUGCAGGCCGUAUCUGCAGCAAGUCAUCAAAAGGGACAGACGGCUGUGAGAUUAUGUGCUGCGGCCGAGGGUAUGACACAACUCGAGUCACCCGUGUCACCCAGUGUGAGUGCAAAUUCCACUGGUGCUGUGCUGUGCGGUGCAAGGAGUGCAGAAACACUGUGGACGUCCAUACUUGCAAGGCCCCCAAGAAGGCAGAGUGGCUGGACCAGACCUGAACAUAUACAUACCUCACUCACCCCUCCACUUCAAACCUCCUGACUCAAAAGCACAAGAUCUUUGCAUGCACAGCUUCCUCCGCUCUCAGCCCUGGGCUGCUAGUUUCUAUUUAAGGACUUGGAGAGUAAUCCAGAGGGAUUCCGGUGUCCUGGUUGGUUCCUGAGCCCUGGGAGGCUGACAGGGGAUGUAAGAAACUGAGCAGCUCCCUGCCUAACCGGCUCUGGAGGUUGGAAGGGAGAGUGGAAGAGGUUGUAGGGGUCUUCGGAGUGAUGUGAGUUGCACUAAAGCACGUGGUCAGGCUCAUUUUUCCUUUCCUUUGCACGGGCUUCCUGACACUUAUUGUGUGUGCGCAACAGGAAGAGUAUCUGGAGAGAGAUUUUUUUGUUCCUACCUGGCUGAGGUUAGAUGGGACCCAGAUGAAACCACGUAUCUCCUCCCUGGGGUCAGUCUGAGCAGAAGGCCUAGUACCCCCGAAAAAACGCUUAGGCUACAACAUUCUUUCAUUAUGGAGAGUUAGGUAAGAGUUAGCUACGGUGGACAAGGUGCCAGUCAUACACUCAUAUGUUUAUAAACUGCUGUGUUUAGUAGGGGAAAACUUAUAUAACUAUACAAACACAUUCUCUUCCAGUCCCUCUCUUCUUGUUUUUUGUUUUUUUUUUUAGCUGAGCCAUCCUGCCACCUGUUGGCAGCUCAGCUCGGGCCAGGCAUUGAA